CCAUCAUUAUUAUGGCAUGUCCCACCACAACAUGACUGCAGCCUUGGGGUCACAUACACCUACAGCCUGUAAUCAUGCACUUGCUCCAUCUAGCACGGGACUCGAUGAGCAUCAAACCGGGAAAGAGCUGGGUGCUUCGUAGAUCUGCAGUUCUCUUCUUCGUCUGCUGCACAUCUCUGUGAGGCUGUGAUUUGCAUCCACCGUUCAACCGAACGUAGAGGAUGGGUGUUGUUUCGCUAAUAAUUCGCCUUGUGCUGAACCUGGCGGUUGGAGGUGGUUCUGUGAUGGUUAUAUACGCCAUAACAUCUUCGAGGGUAGAGGUUGGCAAGAACGUAUCCAACGUAGGCAGCACGUGCCUCCUUUGGGGCACGAAGGCACGCCAGGACCACUUUUAUACCGGACCAGCAGCCAACUGUACCUUCACAGUUGUGUUUGCGUGUAUAUCCAUCCUCCUUGCCAUACUCUUGACGAUCGUUUUCAUUCGCAGCAUUGCAGCAGCAACAGCUGAUAACCAUAGCAGUCGAGUCAUUGCUGAGGUGAUCUUCCUUAUCGUUUUGCUGAUUUUGGCACUCGUCGCCUCAAUCAUCAUAUCAGGUGGCAUAUCAGUGUUUUGCGGCAACCUGAGCGAUACCAAGGAGGGAAACCCGAAUUGCAAGACAAUCACUUUAGGACAUUUAGAUGAUCAUAUUCCAGGCUACGAAUGGUUCCCAACACUGAACAUCGCUCAGAUAGGAUCCUGGAUAGUUUCAGGUUGCUGGCUCCUCCAUCUGAUCUUCGCCAUUCUUGACCUCAGAGCUUAUCGCAAGCAAAAGUCUGGAUCCGUGAACAUAACUGCCCCUAGUGACCGUGCGUAGAUACUUGCCGACCCUACCACAUUCGAGGGCUCUUUCAGGGACGACCCACCACCGUUUGAAGACAAGGACCCGAAGCCAACUGCCAAGCAGGCCGUGUGAUUUCAGGCUUGGCAGGUAUUGGUGGAUAUAUACGUUAUAAAUAUUUGAAAUGCCCCCAUAAAUUUGAAAUGCUGCGCUCAACCGCCCGCAGCUUUCGAAUGCUUCUUACCUGGUGGUGGUAUAACAUGUUCUUCUCUCUCUUAUACAUAUGCUCCUUUAGCAAGGCAUAGCUAUAUUUUGAACAACGAUCGCCCUUACUGAAAGUGGCAUUAUCAUUCUCUCCUGUUCUUGUGCACUGUUUUCUAUUUCAAGUUUUCGCCAAAUUGCAUUUGAAUUAUUCCCUGGGAUGGAGUGGAGUUUAAGCCUUUACGUAGGCACCAUACGUUAACCAUGUAUUUUCAGUACUUCUAUCAGCACUUGCCAUGUAAUCAAGAUAUAGCAAGCUAUAAUAGAGAAAAAUUCUAGUACUAUUAGAAAUUCUAAAAACUUUGGAAUGGGACACGUUUCUUUUUUACCCCCAGUGGAUAUCAUUAUCAUCCUCUACUGAUGAGCUCCGGCAGGGAGCGAAACA